CAAACGAGGUAUGGUGGGACCCCGUAACAAAGCUGGCUGAGAAUAUGGGCCCGUGCGAUGCCUUCUUCUCCGUUUGGAACGGGACCAUCCUGUUGGCCUGGACGAGCUGCACGAGAGGGUGGGUGCCAACUAACAAAGGUGACUGCAAGGUCGGGGGUGAGGAUGGCCCCUUCCGAUGGAUCUGCAGCGUGUAGCCGGGCUCUGGUACGACCCGUCUUGUCUCGUUAUCCCCUCUCGCUGGCCGAGCUCUCAAUGCGUUAACUCCGCGCUCGUUAGCGCCUGCUUGCCCCGAGCUGCCUGUGUUCCCGCCAUCAGCGCCAUUCACGAGGCCACUGGAUUUGCCUCGGGCGGCUGUCCUCCGCGUGUGCCGAUUGGAAGCCGUGCCCUCGACCCAGCGAGCUCCGAAGUGGAUGCCCAUCUCGUCCUGAUCGUAAUCUCCAGUAACGAAUGCGCCGUCGGCGGCAUUAAGUACAUCUGCAGGGCCUAGGGCGUCACAGAAGGGGACCAUCGCCUCGUCAGAGCUGCUCGUUGUGCCCCGAGCAGAAUUUCGGACG